CCUCCUUCAAAAUGAUGCUGGGUACUCUGGGGCUUUGGGCACUGCUUCCCAAAGCUGUGCGAGCACCCCCAAGCAGGCGGACCUGUGUGUUCUUUGAGGCCCCUGGAGUGCGGGGAAGCACAAAGACACUGGGGAAGCUGCUAGAUGCAGGACCAGGGCCCCCCAGGGUUAUCCGCUGCCUCUACAGCCACUGCUGCUUUGGGAUCUGGAACCUGACCCAAGACCAGGCACAGGUGGAGAUGCAAGGAUGCCGAGACAGUGAUGAGCCAGGCUGUGAGUCCCCGCGAUGUGACCCAAGCCCCCGAGCUCAGCCCAGUCCCAGCUCCACUCUCUUCACCUGCUCCUGUGGCACUGACUUCUGCAAUGCCAAUUACAGCCACCUGCCUCCUCUGGGGAGCCCUGGGACUCCUGGUCCCCAGGGUCCCCAGGCCAUCGCAGGCGAGUCCAUCUGGAUGGCGCUGGUGCUGCUGGGGCUGUUUCUCCUCCUGCUGCUGCUGGGCAGCAUCAUCUUGGCCCUGCUACAGAGAAAGGCCUGCAGAGUGAGAGGUGGGCCAGCGCCAGAGCCAGAGCCAGACGCAGGCAGGGACUGGAGUGCGGAGCUGCCUGAGCUGCCUGAGCUGUGCUUCUCCCAGGUAAUCCGGGAAGGAGGUCACGCAGUGGUGUGGGCUGGGCAGCUGCAAGGCGAGCUGGUAGCCAUCAAGACCUUCCCCCUGAGGGCUAUGGCCCAGUUCCGAGCUGAGAGAGCAUUGUAUGAGCUGCCAGGCCUGCAGCACGACCACAUUGUCCGCUUUAUCACUGCCAGCAGGGGGGGACCUGGGCCCCAGCACUGUGGGCCCCUGCUGGUAUUGGAACUGCACCCCAAGGGUUCCCUGUGCCACUACUUGACCCAGCACACCAGUGACUGGGGACGUUCCCUGCGGAUGGCACUGUCCCUGGCACAGGGCUUGGCAUUUCUCCAUGAGGAGCGCUGGCAGGAUGGCCAAUAUAAACCAGGUAUUGCCCACCGAGAUCUGAGCAGCCAGAAUGUGCUCAUUAGGGAGGAUGGGUCAUGUGCCAUUGGAGACCUGGGCCUCGCCUUGGUGCUACCUGGCCUCACUCCGCCCCCCACCUGGGUCCCUACUCGACCCCAAGGCCCAGCUGCCAUCAUGGAGGCUGGUACCCAGAGGUACAUGGCCCCGGAGCUCCUGGACAAGACUCUGGACCUACAGGACUGGGGCAUGGCCCUCCGGCGAGCCGAUGUUUAUUCUCUGGCUCUGCUCCUGUGGGAGAUCCUGAGCCGCUGCCUGGAUCUGUGGCCUGACAGCAGACCACCACCCUUCCAACUGGCCUAUGAGGCAGAACUGGGCAGCACCCCCACCACCUGUGAGCUAUGGACCUUGGCAGUGGCGGAGAGAAGGCGCCCUUACAUCCCACCCACUUGGUGCUGCUUUGCCACAGACCCUGGUGUUCUUAGAGAGAUCCUAGAGGACUGUUGGGAUGCAGACCCGGAAGCACGGCUGACAGCUGAGUGUGUACAGCAGCGCCUGGCUGCCCUGGCCCAUCCUCAGGAGGCCCACCUCUUCCCAGAGGGCUGUUCACAUAGCUGCCCGCCUCUCGGCGCAGAAGACUGUCUCUCGACUCCUCCCCACCACCCUUCUCCCUUGUAGGCCUCGGCUGAGAAUCUGUCACUUCAGCAUUCAGCAAGGCCCUUGUUUCAGGAUUCUCAACCUACCGAUACCAUUUCUCAUGUGUAACUACGCAGUUUAUGUGUAAUCGAUGUAUGCGCAAACUAGACACGGUGAUCAUAUGCCUGU